CAGAAUCACUCAUUUUGCUAAUAUUGUCUCAUCAUGAUCAUUACCCAACAUAUCCUCUUUAUACUUGGGAGCAUGGAACUGAAUCACUUGAACAUUUAUUUGGCAUAGCUAGACAAAUUGUUCCUGAUUUCACAUAUUAUGAAUUUUACAAAAUUCAACAACAGAUUUCUUAUAGAGAUAAAAUAAUUAGACAAGGAAACUUUGAUGUUAAGAAAGAUAAAACUUCUGCUGCUGGUUCUUUGACAACCUCUAAUUCUCCAAAUGUCCUUGGAACAAGGAGUUUGUCUAAUAAUAAUCAAAAUCAAUAA